GCUGCAUAACUUGCUCUGCAUUCUUUAGGAUUUACUCAAAUCUGAAAAGCGGCGAGCAGGUCGUUCCACACAGUAUGACACCAACGCCCAUGGGUUUGGCCUGAAACCAAUGCAAAUGUGGCUGGAGUUAGGACUUCACCCCUGUGAACUCACUGACCCGCCUUUGUUUUGACGUGCCCCCAAAUUUUAUAGGUGGAUUCGAAGCCGACGCCCCUCGAUGACCUGUCAAGUCUAAAUAUGCUCCUCCCAAUCGUCAAUUUGAUGACGUCGCUAGGGUUGCGUUUGGUUACCGGUAUACAGUAUUCCUGCCGGGGAGCCGGGCAUCAGAAAUAUAAAUAUAGAGGCUGUCCAGACAGACACUCAAGUACGCAGCUUAGAUGAACGGCGGGAUGGCGGCAUCAUCGGACAGGAUAAUAAUGGGUCCCCUUGUCGGAGCCAUUGAUCAAGGCACAAGCUCUACGAGGUUCCUGGUUUUCAAUGCCAAAACAGCUGAACUACUGAGUCACCACCAGGUUGAAAUCAAGCAGAGUUUCCCCAAAGAAGGGUGGGUGGAGGAGGACCCCAAGGAGAUCCUGCAGUCUGUGUACGAGUGCAUGGAAAGAACCUGCGAGAAACUAACCCAGCUCAACAUCGACAUCUCCAACAUCAAAGCAAUUGGGGUGACCAACCAGAGAGAAACCACACUGGUGUGGGACAAGGAGACUGGAGAACCUCUGUACAAUGCCAUUGUUUGGCUGGACCUGCGCACCCAGUCCACAGUGGAGCGUCUGAUCAGUAAGACCCCCAAGAGGAACAAGAACCACCUGAAGCACAAGACAGGCCUGCCCAUCAGUACCUACUUCAGCGCGGUGAAACUGCGCUGGCUCAUGGACAACGUGGUGGAGGUGCACGAGGCGGUUCUGUCCCACCGGGCCAUGUUUGGCACUGUGGACUCCUGGCUCAUAUGGUGCCUGACGGGGGGGAAGAAUGGGGGGGUGCACUGUACAGACGUGACCAACGCCAGCCGCACCAUGCUCUUCAACAUUCACACCAUGGACUGGGACCCAGAGCUCUGCACAUAUUUCGAUAUCCCAAUGGAGAUCCUGCCAAAAGUGAGGAGCUCCUCGGAAAUCUAUGGUUUGAUGAAAUCCGGGUCUUUGACUGGAGUUCCCAUAUCUGGGUGUUUGGGGGACCAGUCGGCUGCUCUUGUUGGCCAGAUGUGCUUUCGGGACGGGCAGGCCAAAAACACGUAUGGAACCGGUUGCUUCCUGCUCAGAAACACUGGCUCAAAGCCGGUAAUGUCAGACCAUGGCCUGCUCACCACGGUGGCCUACAAGCUGGGCCGGGACAAGCCUGCCUGCUAUGCACUUGAGGGCUCAGUUGCCAUAGCUGGAGCGGUGGUUCGUUGGCUUAAGGACAAUCUGGGAAUUAUCCAGUCUUCCACUGAGAUUGAGAAACUGGCUGCCGCAGUGGGCACAUCGUAUGGCUGCUACUUUGUUCCGGCAUUCUCUGGCUUGUACGCCCCCUACUGGGAGCCUAGUGCUCGAGGAAUUAUCUGUGGUCUGACUCAGUUCACUAACAGGAAUCACUUGGCCUUCGCUGCGCUCGAGGCAGUCUGCUUCCAGACUAGAGAGAUCCUGGACGCGAUGAACCAGGACAGUGGGAUCCCUCUGAGCGAGCUGCAGGUGGAUGGAGGGAUGACCUCCAACAAGCUGCUGAUGCAGCUGCAGGCUGAUAUACUCUGCAUCCCUGUCGUGAAGCCCUCCAUGCCGGAGACCACGGCUCUUGGGGCGGCCAUGGCGGCGGGGGCUGCGGAGGGGGUCAGCGUGUGGAGUCUAGACCCCCUGGAUUUGACUGCAGUCACCUCUGAGAAAUUUGAACCACAAAUCAACCCUGAAGAGAGCGAGUUCCGCUACGCGCGCUGGAAGAAAGCCGUGCAGAAAGCCAUGAACUGGGAGACCACAGAGCCCAUCUCCAAUGGAAAUGGACACCAUAACUAGGCCCUGACCUACGCUGUGCUGCUGUGGAGGGGGUGGUCCUGUCUGCGCCUGCCCCCUGCUGGCUCAGCUUCACCUGAACAAACCACGUCAGCCCAAGAAGCAUUCCAAGUUCACCGUCCAUUGCCAAAACUCACCCGGUGCUGUCCUGUGGACCCAGCCCCCUGUGAAUUGCUGAGUGGGGGUGCCCAACCAAACGGCACACCAACCCAACUGAACCUUGUACUGAGCCAGUCGAAUCUCAGCCAAUCAGAUGAAAGAGACUGAGGCUGACAUUGGAGGGGGAGGAGUCUGAUAUCCUGCCGUGAUCAUUUUAUAUUUGAUGAUACUGACAGUUCUUCGAGGUUAGCGGGUUGUGUUACAGCUGAUCUGUGAGAAUAUAUAUGUAUUUCUUUUAGCUUUAGGUUGAUUUCUGGUUGCUUUUCAUUUUGAGUGAUCAUUUCAAUGAAUGACAAGCAAGAUGAAGUCUGGAUUUUAUCCUGUACAGAAUACCUUAUGUUUUUAAUCUUCCUUUAAACGGUGCUACCUGUUCAUUGGGAGCCACUGCCGACAUGUUACAUUCUUCAGCGAAACCGUCUCCGGUUUCUGACAUAGCUGUAAUGAAUGUGACGAACACACUGUGACAGCAUGAUCUCAUUGUGCAGUCUUUGCUGAUCGGAUAAACGGUAAUUGAGCGGUAUGACAUACCUCAGAAUUAAAUGUAAUUGCAGGCCUUUGCAGCACUUUAUAAUUUAUUCUGUUUAUUUGUGUUUGUAUGCAUUGCACAUGAGCUGUAUGGUGCCAUGGAAUUCUGUUCCUGAUGUAGUUUUAAUCAUGUUCUGCCUGAUGUGUUUUUAAAGUUUUUAUAGAUUUGGAGACAUGAAUUGGGG